UAGUCAACGCGUACGUCAAACGUAACAAAUAUGGCGGCGCCCUCUAGGAAGACACUGUUCGGGGCGAAACAUUAAUGGGCUGGUUUAACUACAAACGUUUACAUAGAGUAGAAUUCUGCUAAAAAUAAAAAAAGACCCAUACAGUUAAACAUGGGACUAGAGCGUUUGCUGCGUGGCGGCCUGCAAUGUUACGCCAGACAGUUUCGGCCCGUUAACAUUCAGCAAGGUGCCAGAAACGCGUCGAAGUCCACAGAGACUUUAUCGAGCAGCUGCGUGAACAAUCGACUUUUAUGCUUUUCUGAUCUGGGCCGUGCGAUAUUUAUCCACGCAAGCCGCUUCGGUGCGACGGCCCGUCGCAGCCUCUGCACCUCCACGCAGCCCUCCAGGGACGUCACCCUGUUCCAGCACGACAGGACUCGCUACUUCCGGCUUCUCUCGUUUUUCUGCGGCGGCCAGUUUCUUUUCUGGACAUACAUGGCUCACUUCGCCUACACCGAGCUCAAAGACGCAAGGGGCGCUUCAGAGAAAGACAAAGCCAAGGGCGCCAUCACCACCACCGGGCUUGCUGGGAUGUGGAGUUUUGAGAUGAACCUGGGGUCAAACGCCUGGAGGUACGGCUUCACGAUGGGAUGUUUGGCUAUAGGAGCAGGGAUCGUGGGCUUCGGCAUCGUGUUUUGCCGUCGCUCUGUGCAACGGGUGAUUUUACACCAAGGAGGGCGGAUGGUGACAGUUUUCACACAGUCACCGUUGGGACCAGGCCGAGGUCAGAAGAUAACCGUCCCACUGAAUCAGGUCGCCUGUCACGCUCACAGGCAUGAGUCCCCCUCAUUCAUCCCUCUCAGGGUCAAAGGUCACAAGUUGUACUUUCUUCUGGAUAAAGAGGGGACUGUGAACAACGCUCGGCUUUUUGACAUCACUGUUGGAGCAUAUCGACCACUUUAAGCUUGGAUUUUCCCUAGGAGAGACUAUUGAACACAUUUUACAUAAAUAUAUGGAAUGAGCACUUCUGUCGGCUUGUUUGUUGUCACUGCAAUAAAAUCUCUUAGAUAUAAAAUGA